CUUUGUCAAGUCUUAGCUUGAAUUUAUGAUUGAUGAGCGAUGCAAUUCAUCGGAUUUUGCGUUCGAAAAGACGUGGAAUUUGGUUCGAAAGCUGAGAUGCAAUUGGUGAAUUUUCCUUGUUAGCUGCUUAAUCUCUUUCGUUGUUUUUCGCUUGAGGAGGGUCUGUUAUCUUCUCUUCGAAAGGAAAAGGAUCAGAGAUUCGUGCCUUUUGUUUUGGCGGAGAAGAUGAAUGAUCAAGGAGGUUCCUCCAGGAGGAGCAUGACUCAGUAUAGCUCGUCAUCGCAAGGAAAGAAAAAAUCUUUUGACAAUGGAAGCAAUGAUGCCGGCCGUAAAUCAGUUGCUUCAUCUCGUUCCAUGAUGGUAUCUGGUGAGCGUACCGUAAAGCGCUUGCGGCUGUCAAAAGCCUUGACAAUACCUGAAAAUACUACCAUCAUUGAGGCUUGUCGUCGGAUGGCUGCUCGCAGAGUUGAUGCUUUGUUGCUCACGGAUUCAAAUGCUUUACUUUGUGGAAUUCUAACAGACAAAGAUGUAGCAACAAGAGUCAUUGCUCGUGAGCUAAACCUUGAAGAAACACCCGUCUCCAAAGUCAUGACAAGGAACCCAGUUUUUGUUCUUUCAGACACAUUAGCUGUGGAAGCACUGCAGAAGAUGGUGCAAGGGAAAUUCAGGCAUUUGCCUGUUGUGGAGAAUGGAGAGGUCAUUGCUUUACUUGAUAUAGCAAAGUGUCUGUAUGAUGCCAUUGCACGUUUAGAAAGAGCUGCUGAGAAGGGAAAGGCCAUUGCUGCAGCUGUUGAAGGAGUUGAAAAGCAUUGGGGGACCUCAAUCUCUGGUCCUAACACAUUCAUUGAAACUCUUCGGGAGCGAAUGUUUAAGCCUUCGUUGUCUACUAUCAUUCCAGAGAAUUCAAAGAUAGUAACAGUGUCACCCACUGACUCAGUCCUAACUGCAACAAAAAAGAUGCUUGAAUUUCGUUUAAGCUCUGCAAUUGUAACUGUUGGGAAUAAACCUCGAGGAAUCCUUACUUCAAAGGAUAUUCUGAUGCGGAUCAUUGCACAAAAUCUUUCACCAGAGUCAACUCCUGUGGAGCUGGUCAUGACCCCAAAUCCUGAAUGUGCAACAGUUGAUACACCAAUUGUUGAUGCUCUGCAUAGAAUGCAUGAUGGGAAAUUUUUACAUCUUCCUGUUGUGGAUCAAGAUGGAAGCAUUGUUGCUGUUAUUGAUGUAAUCCAUAUCACUCAUGCAGCAAUAGCCACAGUGGGAGGCACUGCUGCGGCUGGAAACGAGACAACAAAUACUAUGAUGCAAAAGUUUUGGGAUUCUGCCAUGGCAUUGGGACCUUUGGACGAUGAAGAAGAGACUCGGAGUGAAGGAUCAUUAAAACUGGCUUCUGACGGGGCAGAGACUGGGAGGUCUGCAUCUUUUAGUCCGUUUAGCAUGCCUAAUACCUUUGGCUUCAAGAUUGAAGAUAAGAAGGGCCGGAUGCAUAGAUUUAUCUGUGAUGCUCGUAGUUUGACAGAUCUUUUAACUUCCAUCGUCCAGAGGGUGGGAAGUGACAUCGAUCGGAACCACCUGCCGCAGAUUUUGUAUGAAGACGAAGAUCGUGAUAAAGUUGUGAUUUCAUCGGAUGGUGACCUUGCAGCAGCUGUGGACCAUGCAAGACUGGUUGGUUUGAAGAGUUUGAGGCUGCAUCUAGAUUAUUCAGGGUUGGAUGAUCGGAGGGGUGGUGGUUCAGGAACUUUGGAUUAUGCACAAGGGGAUGCAUGGGCUGCUGCAUAUAGUGCUGUUGCAGCUGGGGCUGCACUUGUUGCUGGACUUGGUGUGUUGGCAUUUUUGAAGAGAUCUAGUGCCUGAUUAGUGUCAGAUGUUCUGGUAUUACCUGGAAUCACCGGGAGCACACAAGUUGUUGGAAGAAGCAGCUAUUGGUAUGGAAGGAAUGCAACUUCUGUAUUCC